AUGUUUGAUGGGGACUAUGACUACCUCAUCAAAUUCUUAGCAUUGGGAGACUCUGGCGUUGGAAAAACCAGCUUCCUCUACCAAUAUACAGAUGGAAAGUUCAAUUCCAAGUUCAUCACAACAGUUGGCAUCGACUUCCGGGAAAAAAGAGUGCCAUAUCGAACUAAUGGUCCUGAUGGUGUAGCGGGAAGAAGUCAAAGGGUUCACUUGCAACUUUGGGACACAGCUGGCCAAGAAAGGUUUCGCAGCUUAACAACCGCAUUUUUCAGGGAUGCAAUGGGAUUCCUUUUGCUUUUCGAUUUAGCCAAUGAACAGAGUUUCCUGAACGUCAGAAACUGGAUAAGCCAGCUGCAGAUCCAUGCAUAUUGUGAGAACCCAGACAUUGUGUUGUGUGGAAAUAAAUGUGAUCUGGAAGAUCAGAGAGUUGUAAAGGAAGAGGAGGCCAAAGAGUUUGCAGAGAAAUAUGGAAUUCCUUACUUUGAGACAAGUGCUGCAGAGGGAACUAAUGUCAAUAAGGCGGUGGAUACUUUGCUGGAUCUGAUCAUGAAACGCAUGGAACGGUGUGUGGACAAGUCUUGGAUACCCCAAGGGGUGGUACGGUCCAAUGGCCACAGCUCUACUGAGCAGUUAACUGAGGACAAAGAUAAAGGCAAAUGCGGCUGUUGA